CCGGCCUCAGCGGCCAUGGUGGGGCUCCAGGAUGUUUUUCUAAUGAUCCGACGUCAUAAGACGACCAUCUUCACUGAUGCGAAGGAGUCCACGACAGUAUACGAGCUGAAGCGCAUCGUGGAAGGUAUUCUUAAGAGGUCGCCAGAGGAACAGAGGCUUUAUAAGGAUGACCUGUUGCUGGACGACAGUAAAACGCUGGGAGACUGUGGCUUCACAAACCAGACCGCCCGGCCCCAGGGUCCAGCCACUGUGGGAUUAGCAUUUCGUCUUGGAGAUGACUCGUUCGAGCAGCUGCGGAUCGAGGCGUUCUCCAGCCCUCCGGAGCUCCCCGACGUCAUGAAGCCCCAGGACUCCGGCAGCACGGCCAAUGAGCAGGCGGUGCAGUGAGGGGCCUGGCCCGGGGGGCGGGGCCUCCAUGGGGGGCACAUGAGGAAAUGGUGGGGGGGGGGGGGGUGUGGGUGUGUGUGUGUGUGUGUGUGUGUGUGUGCACAUAAGGGGGAGCUUGUGGUGAGCGGUUUGGUCACUUUGACCGGCUCAUGGAUCUUCAGCAGUGGGAGGGGGGGGGGGUCACAAAUUCAGAAUGUGGAUUAAUAAAUUGGGAGCGUGGGGGGGAGAGGGGGGGUGUGGAUGGAGGGCAGGUGGGCAGGUGUGGUCGGAAGUCUCUUCAUUAAUCCAAAAAUAGAUGAACGCAUGCUAAACACAAGCUGGCAGAAUCGUCUCGACACUGUCAGACAUCCAUGGGGUGGUGGUGGGUUCGGGGCCGGGGAUAAGACGUGUACCUCUUAUUUAAUUAUUUCUAGUGUUUAUUUAGAGUAGGGCUGUUGUGGUCUUACUUGUGUUUGAUUGUUUUUCGGGGGGAGUACAUAAGGGGGAAUGAGUGGGAUGUGUGUUUUUUUUUUUUUCAGUUUGGUUUUCAUGUCGUUCUUUCUUUGUGUUUCUUUAAUAAAAUAUUAUGAAGAGUUAACAUUUCUGAAAUACCGUUUGUACUGGUUGUAUGUGUUGAACCUGUAGCUAGAGUUUGUGGAUUUCUGUGUUUACUAGUCUCACCCAAAAUAGGUCAUGUGCAUGGAUUCAAUCUGAAAUAAAGUGGACACAGACGCUGGCUCUGAGCUCAUGUCGACGGGAAUGUGUAUAACAGCUCCGAGCACAGACCCGAGUUUAACCUGGCACUGUUUUUGAUUGCAUCAAUGGUUUUCGUUUGCCUUGGUUUCCUCCCUUAGAUUAUGGCUAUUACAACGUCUGACCCAAGUCCCUCAUUUGGCCCUUUGCUUCCCCAUGCUAUGUCACGUCAGAUCCAUUCAGCUUCUGCAUGGACAGCAGACACACACAUGGCUUCAUGCACACACACGCAUGUCUUACAAGCACAGGUGAAGUCGGUGCUACUGUGUACAUUGCUUACCAGUGUAUUGGAACACCUUACAAAGUCUCAUGCAUUUGAUGGGGGGCUUUCCAGACGUCUGCAAAGGCCACCCUUUCGUUUAUAAUUUUCUCGUUUUUGUGUUCUAUGGUUGUUACAAAAAGCUGUGCCAGACAAAACGAAACGCAUCGACACCCCAAAGAUAUACUCUUUUUGUAUUAUACCCAUGUCAUUUUUCUCUUUUAAACAAGCCAGAAGGAGAAUAUGAAACAAUUUUUUAAGUAAACCAACACAUUUAAUUGGGGCCUAGAUGUGGAAAAUCAUGGCAGUAUAAGCGAAAGACUUAAUUUAAGGAGCAUUAAAAAAACACAUGAUCAAAGCUGCACUUGUAACGAUUUCAGUUAACAUUAAAACAGCUUGUUUUUCA